AUGGUUUCCUUGGAAAAGGGAUGUUAUAUAGGGCAAGAGUUGACAGCUCGAACUGCACAUACUGGAGUGAUUCGACGACGGAUACUUCCGUUUAAGUGCGAAAAAGCUGUAAAAGGGAACGUUAUUGUGCGCAGUGCAUAUAUGAUUGUUGAGGUUAUCUCCUGUGGAAACAGACACGGUUUGGCUCUGAUGGUGUUAAGCGCUUUUGGACAACCACUGAAAGUGGACGGUUCUCCGAUUGUUGUUUAUAAACCAUCGUGGAUGCCAGACUCGGCACUCAUACCUAAAGAAAGGUGA